AUGCUUUCAGCUCACAUAUCGAAAUUGUCUACAGUAGUUGCAACGACGCUCUUUUACUUUCUUCAAACAAGCAGAAAAGACGCCAUUCCUCCGGGGACAUUAAAGAAAGUUAUCGAGCAAGCACACGGUGAGAAAAAAAAUAAUUUUAUUUUCAUUAACGAGCAAGUCUCAAUCUAGUUCUGCGCAUUAUAGUGAGGCGUACCAAUAUAAGCGAUUACAGGUGAAAAAAUAGAGAACGACGUGGAAAUUAAAGCCGGGCAUUCGUUUUAAGGGUUCAACUUACGUCCGUAUAUGUGCAGUUUCACUUCUAAGUGGUAUGUGUAUGACUUCUACUCUGAGCAAGCAAGAAAGGAUUAAUUAUACUCUCUUGGACCAAGCCAUCAUCGGAGUUAAGACCAAGUAAGCCUAAAACCGUCCGGAAUUAGUUUCCACGGCGCAAAUAUAGUUAGCAUGCUUAUUGCGUGACAAAUUAGAUUUGAUGCACCAGCGUGGGAAACUGAAGGCCAGGAAAAAAGCUAUGCCAAUAUUUGCGCAUAGAGUGACAGCUUGUAGAUAAUUUGCUUUACAUGUAAAAUGAAAAUCUUUCAGGUUAUACUCGAUGAACUGAAACGAAAAUCAGGAUAGUUUCAUUACUCAUCAUGAAUGGUCACGUACAAUGCGCGCCGUGAGCCUUUCGAAAGUAAGUCAGUCCCGGAAGUCAGUAAACCACACGUCCCAAAAGUCAACAAACCAUAGCAGUUUCGAAAUGUUGACACUGGUCUCAGGUGUUUCUUAAUAUCUUCUUCAAACAAAAAGAACCUAAAUUUGUUUCGAGUGUAAUUCGUCAUGGCAUCUUGCUGCUUUUUGUCGUUAUUUAAGCUAACAUCGCCAUGCGGAUCAAGCUCAAAAAAUCUAGAAGAUUUGCAGGGUGUUUCUCUUAACGAAUAUAAUAAGGAGGUUUACUCACAUAAAAUCGGACCGGAUGAAGCAAUUUGUGACGAAAUGGCGUUGUUGCUAGCAAGAGCAGGCACAGUUUCUCGUUUAAAUGAUUGAACACUUUCUUGUAGUUUUAUUUUGUACUAAAAUAAAUUCUGAUUGGUUUAUGGGACUUAAAUUUUAGGAAUAUGUACAGCUGAAAGUUCCCAUUUGUCAUCUACUGUAUGUUCUCACCAUCGAGAAAAGUACGGCCUUCGCUUGAGAAGUGGAAAGGUGAGAUGCUCUGUUCCAGGUAAGGUGGCAGGACAUAAAUCUUCAACGGUGAAGGGAGAUCGCAGUAUGAAGAGUAAAGAAUCUUCUUUUAUUGCGAUACAGUGGGGGAGCUUUAUCCUAUUGGAACCCGUAAGUAAUUUAAAGUUUGCUGAAGUUAGUGCCGUUACACGUACAGUUAAAUGCGAUCGGAUACUUCUAUGAGCGUGUCAUGCAUUGAAACGCAACCACAUGUUUCCAAGGAGACGAGUCAUUGCAACUGAGUGAGCGCACAUACAAGUUCGAUAAUAGAUCCCGAGCAGUCCUUCAUUUCUCUCAGAUCGAGCAAGUGGGUGGAAAUCAGCUCCCGCGAGAACACGCGUGUUCUCACGGGGCUGAUUUCCACGCGCGUGAAGCGUGCUCGCCCGCUGAAUCUGAGAAAAAAUGAAGGAGUGCUUGUAGUUUACUCUUACAAUUAUUGUUUAUUAUAAUUGUCAGAAGCUUACCUUUAUCCCACAUGGGUAAUAGGGCGGGCGUUAUCUAGUUAUAGUAUGAAGAACAUAUAGCGAAAAACAUAUAGCAAACAAACAAACAGAAAAUUAUUUGAGUCAUGCUACGCAUGUUACGUACCCUUAGUAUCUCUGUUGUCUCUUAAAAACUUUGAUAAUUUAGAAGCUAAAUUCGUUCAACCAAUUAAUCAAUUGGAAUUGCGCAAUAUUAAUUUCAUUGAGUUUUCUUGCCUUUAGCAAUUUGUAAGCGAUGCAGGGACCAUUUGCAAGAACUAGUUUUAAAACACGCUCCACCAAUUAGCCAAGCAAGCAUCUCCCCAGACGUCUCCGCUUCAUACCAACUGCCUCAAGAGGAAGAAACAUCUCAAGAUAAAGAGAGUUCAGAAAGCAGUGAACAUGAAGCAAUGCAGAUACGUUUCGUUAAAGGGAAAGCCGGAAAAAUGUUAGUAAUAAAGUUUAACUUUUAUAUCUCCAUCAUUGCGUUCGGUGAGUGAUAAGGUGAUUGCUUCUUUCUUCACGGUGUGUGUUUAUAAGUACCUAGGAAUUGUGUAGAAGCCAGCAAAAAAUUAUUGCAGUGCUCUCUUGCGCGCUAUUGUGUAUUUUAAAUGUGAACUUAGCGCCGAUAGCGUACAAGACCCAGUCGUGAAUGGGGUGGGGGGGAGGCGUUUUUAUUUUUUUUGGUGUGUAAACCCAAAAAUAUUUUGCCGGUAUUCCUUUCUUUUGCGAAAAAAUUGUAUUUUACCAAAAAUAAGGAGGGGGGGCCUCCCCUUGAUCUGCCACUGAGACAGGCCACUAUACUCUUAACUACCGGUCAUAAAGUACAACCAUUUAUUGUGCAGCUUGCAUGCAUAAGAUACAACUGAUAAUCGAAAUUGACUUACCACCUUUGACGAUGGACAAACAACACCGCUUCUAAAAUUACGUAUGUUAGACCUACAGGUUUUUCGAUACGUGUCUAUAUAGCACAAAGCGUUUUUAGUUUGGAAUACUUAGCGGGUCACGGACGCUAGGUAACUUGGCAUUACGCGCAUCCUGCAAGUUAUCACACAUUUUCUCUUUUAAUUUCUCAAAGGAGAGUGAAAAAUGUACAGCAUCAGAAGAAUUAGCCGGGAGAAUGGAAUGUCUUCAGAUUGAAGAUCGAAGUUUCGUCCAAUCACUAGAGACAACGAGCACCACAUUUUCUUCUGUGGAAAAUGUAAUGUCUGAUUUUGAGCUUCAACGUUCAAAACUGAAUGCUUUUCUUGAGGAGUGCCAAAUCCAAGCACUUGGAAGCCCUUGGCUAGAGUAGGCCCAGGCCAGUCAAAGAACACGUCAAAGAGACGUGCAAAGAACCUCGGAGAUAAUUUCUUCUGUCCUCGAAGUGGUUUAUCCCGAUGACCCUGGUUAUCUGUGGACUGAACUGCAAACUUCUAAAACAGUUAGUAAAAUAUUGGGUGAUGAAACAGUGUGGCCCCCAUCUGAUAGAAGUUAUCUUGCGACUCUGGCAGAAGCAUACAAUGUAAAGGCAUGGGAUACAAGAAAACAGGUUUCGUCUAUUAUGGUAGGCAUCGCCAGCUACAAAGCACUAUUGGCCUUCAUUCCUGGGUUGACGCCAUACCGUUAUACCCAGGCCGGCUUGCUUCGCCUCCAGCACGGUAGAACAGUCCCUGCGCCAAAAAAAGAGGCCCCCCGAUUACGGAUUGAUAGGCAGCAUCUAGACCACUUUUUAAGUUUCACCACGAGCCCUCAUUUAGUGCAGGAUCUCCCAUUAAGUACAAAGAAUCUUAAACUAUCAAAUGGUCAGAGCAUUGCGGUUCCUAACUUAAUACGAACCUUGAUUCCAAAGCGAAUCUUUAGGCAAUACAAACAGUACUGCUCGGAAACUAAUUUUUCACCAUUCAGCGAGAGGACAAUGACGAGGAUCCUUUCAGAGUGUAGUGCCUCCCUACGCAAGUCCCUUCAAGGCCUCGAUUACUUUGCUGCAGAGGGGGCACGAGCUUUUAACGAUUUGUCCGCUGUUCUAGAACAAGCUUUGGAGAAUGGAGCAAGAAAAGAGAGAGUACAAGGUCUACAGGAGGCGCUGAAGGCGGGAAAGCUAUAUCUCAAGGGUGACUUUAAAGUAAUACAUUUUUUCCUAUACUUGAAAACACUUGAGAGUACCUCGAUUUGUUUGUUUCUCCAUCCUCUUUUGGGAUUUUUUGGGAGUGCAUUAUGUCCAAGUAGGAGAAAAGAAGACUGAAUUUCAGAGAACAAUUUCGCACUCUAGCACAUUAUUUUUCAAUUGCAAUAGCAAGAAGUGUUCAAACUUGAUUCUUCGUUCGUUCUGGUUUAACUAGCCUGCAUGGUGGGCGUAGAAAGGGGAGCCGAGAAGAGAGUUUGUACGCGUUAAGUUGCGUUCGCCUCAAAUAAGACAAUUAACCGAGCACAAGUCAAUCGAAUAUUGUUAAAUUUUGUCGCCCAUAAGCGAGUCUUUUGAGGCAAACAGCUUUACGGUUAAUUUUGGGACUGUACUUGUUUUGUUAAAAUUUCAAUCUUUUGCCCGCUAUAUUUGUUUGACUUUAGCUCGAAGUAAUGAUUUCCAGAACAUUAUGUACACUAACUGGAGGAUGUUCACAUGCAUGGGUGCACCGCGCGUCCAUAAAACUCAAAAUGGAAAUUUAGUCUUGCACUUGCUUAUGAAAUUGAAGUACGUGGUUCUCCGUUGCAUAUGUUUUGUUUAUCAGUAGAGGGCAUAUGCCACGAAAGAUUUAAAAUCGUAUCUCAUCAAAGGUCACUGACACAUGAAAUACGAAGGAAUAUCCCUUGCAAUAUUUAAGAUAUGAGUGUAUAUAAGGCUAUACCCCACAAACCUUUGCUAAAACUGUCUAUUUACCCCAUUAUUACCAGGUUCAUAUCACUGAUAGCUCUCCUGUCGCAGAACACUGCAGUACGUUUUCACUGAGUGAUUCAUCAGACGCAGACCUGAAGCAGUCAUGUAGUCACAUUCAUGACCAAAAGUGUGAUCAAUGCACAAGUUUAGCAUCUGCACUAAGCGAUAUAGAGAAACUGUUGCGAGAAAUUUCAUUCAACCGUGAAGACAACCGAGACGAGGCUUUCUUUAUCUACAAAAGUGCUAACCUGGCUAUCCACGCGUGGAAGUGCCACUUGUUAAGAAAUGUCAAGCAAGAUAAGGCACGCCUUGACUCCCUGUACCGUCUUGAUGAACACACCGUGCUGUUGGUAAAUGAUUGGGCCAUGAAAUCUAUCCCACAAAAAUACCGAGAAUCCCAGUCUUAUUGGUUCGGUAAACGGGGAAUUUCAUGGCACAUAUCUGUUGCAUACCGCAAAGUUGACGGAUAG